AACAACAACAACUUUUUCUUAUAAACAACUACUUCCUGAGAGAUAUGGAUAACUUGCUAGUGUUCGCCGAUGAAGACACCAACCCAAGGAAUGGUGAGAAGCCCCCACACCGAGUGUGUCCGAGGUGUCACUCGGACAACACGAAGUUCUGCUACUUCAACAACUACCGCAAGUCCCAGCCGCGGUACAACUGCAAGAACUGUCGUAGGCACUGGACUCAUGGUGGGGCUUUGAGGAACGUACCAAUUGGUGGGGGUUCUCGUAAGAUCAAGAAGGUAAGGGUGGAGCAACCUCCGGCUUCCCGCGGUAUGAUUCCUCAUGACAUCCAACAAUUCAAUCCUCAACAUUUCCCAUACCUUCAAGAAAACAACGAUUUUGUUGGAUCUUUUGGUGCUGCUGCUCCUUUUGGGAACCAUUUCGGUCUUUUCCCUGAUCUUCACGGUGGUAUGUUAGCAAAUGUGCCUCCAUUUCAGAGUUUCCUACCAAAUUAUCUCAUAGAUUACCAAGAUGUGUCAUUUGAACAAGAUUUCUAUGAUGUUGGAUCGGUUAACCCUAUGAUAAACCAAUCAAUUGGUGGUGGUUAUGUUGAUAAUCCCAACGGUUAUCUCAUAAGUCAAGUGGAUCAAUACGAGUGGAGCCAGCUGAGCUUCAACAACACUGCAAUCAUGGAUCCUGGCGCCAGCACCAGUGGAAGCAGAGGACCUGAAGACAUGACCGUGACCAGCGACAACAUCAAGAGGCUCAAAUACAACCGUGUGAUUAAGCAUCCUUGUCACUUGGAGAAGCAUGGUCCUUGAAUCUUUAACCGUAUUACCGGUUUUCUUUUUUUAAUAAUAAUAAUUAUAAGUCAAAAUUGUCUCAGUUUUAUUUCCCUUUUUUUGUUUCCUUUCUUUGUUUGGUUAAUAAGGUUUGUAUCUUUUGUUUCUCAAAAGAUUCAACUAUAAAGUUGCUUGUCUGGUCUUUUUCUUCUUCGUUUUUUUGUAUAAUAUAAUAUAAUUAUCCAUUUUUCUCAA